AUGGCAGUUCUUUCACCAGCUUCAUUUGUCACCAAAGGCCCUUCAUCUUCCAGUUCCUCUUCCUCGCCCUUUCCUGCCAGAGCUUCAUUCCUGAGAGCCCAAUCUAUUUCUGGUUCUGAGCAGACCAAUUUGAGAUCGUCAUCUGCUUCCAAGAGCAUGUCAGAGUUCAAAUUGAAAGUUGCAAAGAACUCCACGGGGAUGACUAAGGAACGUGAAAGUGAUGAUACAGCGACUCUUACCAGUAAAAAUUUAUUUGAUGAUCUGAAAGAACGAUUCCUGAGUUUCAAGAAGCAUACAUAUUUAGAGAACAUUGAACAUUAUGAAAGUCUUGCCAAGGGUCAAGCACCUAAGUUUAUGGUGAUCGCCUGUGGAGACUCCAGGGUUUGUCCCUCUAACAUUCUGGGAUUUCAGCCUGGGGAAGCUUUUGUAGUCCGUAACGUGGCAAAUCUGGUGCCCCAUUUUGAGAGUGGUCCAUCUGAGACUAAGGCAGCCUUGGAAUUUGCUGUAAACGUUCUCAAGGUUCAGAACAUCUUAGUUGUUGGCCACAGUCGAUGUGGAGGUAUCCGUGCUCUAAUGAGUAUGCAUGAUGAUGUUGAAACAAGUAGCUUCAUUGGUAGUUGGGUUUCUGUUGGAAUGAAUGCACGCAAAAGAACAAAGGCCGAUGCUUCUAAUCUCAACUUCGAUCAGCAGUGUAGACACUGUGAAAAGGAAUCAGUAAGCUGUACAUUGACAAACCUUCUAACUUAUCCAUGGAUAGAAGAGAAAGCGAAGGGUGGAGAACUCUCCAUCCAUGGUGGCUAUUAUGAUUUCGUAGACUGUACAUUUGAGAGGUGGACACUGGACUACAAGGAAGAUGGUGAAGUUUCUGUAAAGGAUCGGUCCUUCUGGUGCUAA